UCAUUGCUGUUAUAAGUAAGACUAAAAUUAAGAACGUUAAUAUUUUUGUUAUUGUCACGGUUGUAUCGUUAACAGUUUAAUAGUUCACCUCCCCAGGAGAUGGCGCCGUUAGUCAUUUUAUUAGUUUCUCUUUCAUUACACAUCCACGCUUAUCCCCCUCUCUCUCGCACACGCGCACACACACACACACACACACACACACACACACACACACACACACACACACACACACACACACACACACACACACACACACACACACACACACACACACACACACACACAAGCAGCGCCUCCCCUUAUCAUCUCUCUCGCUCCUCUCUCUCCUGUACUUCAUUAUCGCAUUAUAUACUUGAUGGCUACAUCGUGCAUCGUUCCGCAUCGUAUUACACACACGUAUACACACACCCCGAGCACGGGCAGCGGGCGGCCGCAGACGGAUACUUCGGACCCGCGCGGGACAUGAGCGCAGCCGUCGGCGAGCCGCGGAGCAUCGCGAGCGGACGGCCGAUGUCUCUGGACCCCGCAGUACAGACCAUGGGGUGAAGGGAACUGUUCUGUGGUGACCUCCAUGCACUACCAGGGAUGGCCACAACAUCACCUCCAACAUCACAUUUGUUGGACGUCAUUUUGAACACGGAGCCAUCCCCACAGCCCCCGUCCCUGGCCUCGGUGGAGAAGAUUGUCCUCACCAUCUUCCUCUCCAUCAUCAUCCUCAUGACCGUGUUCGGAAACCUUCUCGUCAUGGUCGCUCUCUGUAAGGAUAGGCACCUACGGAAGAAGAAGACCAACUACUUCAUCGUGUCACUGGCGUUCGCUGACCUGCUGGUGGCGCUGGUGGUCAUGCCCUUCGCCGCCAUCGAGCUGACCACGGGCCAGUGGUUCUACGGGGAGAUCUUCUGCCUCAUCCGCACCUCCCUGGACGUCCUGCUCACCACCGCCUCCAUCCUGCACCUCUGCUGUAUUGCCCUGGACAGAUACUAUGCUAUCUGCUGCCAGCCGCUGGUGUACAGACACAAGAUGACCCCGGUGCGGGUGGCGGUGAUGCUGGGCGGCUGCUGGAUCAUCCCCUCCUUCAUCUCCUUCCUGCCAAUCAUGCAGAGCUGGAACGCCAUUGGGAUCGAGGACAUCAUCGAGGAGCGGCGCAGUGUGGCGUCCAACGACACCAGCUGUGUGUUCCUGGUGAACCGGCCCUACGCCCUGGUCUGCUCCACCGUGGCCUUCUACGUCCCACUGGCACUCAUGCUGCUCGCCUAUCAGCGCAUCUACGUCACCGCCAUGAGCCACGCCCGCCAGAUCGAGACACUGCAGCGCGCCGGCUCCGCCCCCUCUACGACCGCCCCCGCCCCCGGCCUCGCCCCUUCCUCCAGGGAGGGCUACCCGCCGCACGCCGCCGCGCAGACGUCCUCCGCCUCGCCCAACGACAAGCUCCACACGUCCAGCAGCCGCAUGCGCGUGGAGACCAAGGCGGCCAAGACGCUGGCCGUCAUCAUGGGGUGCUUCUGCCUGUGCUGGGCACCCUUCUUCAUCACCAACGUGGUGGACCCCUUCAUUCAGUACUCUGUGCCCUGGCAGCUGUGGACCGCCUGGCUGUGGCUGGGCUACAUCAACUCGGGCCUCAACCCCUUCCUGUACGCCUUCCUGAACCGCGCCUUCCGCCGCGCCUUCCUGGUGAUCCUGUGCUGUGGGGACCAGCGCUACGCGCGGCAGGGCAGCUACUCCCACGCAUACAAUCUCAGGCCCUGCACCUCUGCCAACGGGACCUCUGUGGCCCUCAGACUUUCCUUCCUACCGAACCGUAGUUACAGUGACAACGGACGCCGGAUCCUCGCCAGCGAACCGGAGUCCCAGGAUUCGUUGGGGCCACUAUGAGGUCGUAUCCGCGGCAAUGCACAUGAUGUAACAUGCCGCCACACGCCAUCCGACAGCAUCGUGAUGCAGUACAACAUGGUGGCUGUAGGGUUGUGUGUGUGCGCCAGGGAUCAUUCCUAGGUACUCAAGGGCUCAGCUGGAAAACAAAUAUCGGGCACAACAACAACCACAACAAAAAAUCGAGCGCUAUGGAGCGAUUCAGCUCUGUACUCAAAACUCAAAGCUAAACCUGUACCCACGUUCCGCUGCUGCUCCUACCUCACCUGGACAACACCUGAUGCAUCACCUACACAACAGGUGUCCUUAUGACAUCUCCUACACAACAGGUGUCCUGAUGACAUGAACUACACAACAGGUGUCCUGAUGACAUCACCUGGGCAACAGGUGUCCUGAUGACAUCACCUGGGCAACAGGUGUCUUGAUGACCUCACCUACACAACAGGUGUCCUGAUUAUCUCUCCUAGACGACUGUUGUUAUGACUAUGGCUGCAUCUUUUCAGUCCAGUGACAUCAUCCGUUGCUGCAGCCAAUCGCUGGUUAGUUCUUGACCUCAGACGGACAUUGAGCAUGGUUCGUUGGGACCAACAGAACCAGGAUUAUCUUCCAAAGAUGAGGGUCAGGGAUCAAACAUGCAGUGAAGGACCUGUUGAUGCCCUUGGGGGUCUGGUGGUAGUGGGGUCCACCGUUGGUAGCUGGCAUCUGCUCUGCAAAACAAACACAUCUCAACUAAAGCCAUGGGGCUUACUGUCUAGACUUCUGUCUGACUGUAGGAACACGUUGGGGUUCAGCUACACACUGUGCUGCCUUUUCCAACUCUCCUAGUCCCUUUCACUCUCUCCUGUUGACGUUGGCGAUUGAACGGAUGACAUUAGACAAGGGUUAAAAGACUGAAAUGGCCUGGAAGAGAAGAGGAGAGGGGAGGGGAAUGGAGGGGAGGGGAGAGGAGAUGAGGAGAGAGGUAAUGAGAAGAAAGGAGACGAGGAGAGGACACGAGAGGAGACGAGUACUCUGCAAAGCGAGGGCUUGAUUCUGCUGGUCUUUGUCAACAUUCCAUGAGAUGUGAGCUCAAUGUGGGCCGUCCUGUGACUUGGUGCAGGGGUCCCGAGGAAAAUCCCAAGAUAAUGAAACACGAGCAGCUUUCAAAGGUCUUCAUAUCGGCGUAGAGUUUAAGAUUGUUGCCACAAUUGGGGAGCAACGUUUGUGUCAUUAUUAUUUUGUUUUAAAGCAUAUCUUCUGUGUCCCUAGAAACACAAAUUAAAUGGGAUCUAUGUGGAUAAGGCACGUAGUCCUUUCUCUCUGAAACCCUGACAGACGGACAGACCAAAAGAAGGACGGACCAAACCCACGUAGGAAGCAGGACCCCAUGAGGGUCUGGGAGGGAAUAAAAGUUUGCAUACAGAGGCUUUUCCAGUUCCAGCUAACGACACGUACACAAUGACUAACUGUGGAACCGUUAAUUUAUGUACUUACCAUGUUAAAAGAUGUAUGCCAUGUUUUGAUCAAUCUUUCACCGCAAGGCAGUUGAUACUUUGUGCUAUUCUCAGCUUUUUUAACAGGAUGUUUUAAGAAAAUCACAUUUUGCAUUUUGCAUUUUGCACUUGUUACUUGUGUGAUGCACAAUUCACACAACUAAACACACCACAGACGGGAUGGAGGAGUGGAAAGUGCAUUCUGUCUGCAAGGUCGACCCAGAUCACAGUAUUCAUGAUGAGGACUUAAAGGUUGAAAUAAACACCAGACUUAUUUGAAGUGCACAACGUCUACCAGAGAGGUACCAAAGUCGAUUGUUUAUAUCUGUUGUCGCCAGGGAGGAUGAUUAAAUACAUAUUUGGGUGGAAAUCUGGCAUGUUUGGACCAUUUUAACCCCAGCUUUACAGAGGUUAAAUGUUCAUGUUCAAGAGGUAAACUACUCCCUCCUCUCUCUCUCUCUCUCUCUCUCUCUCUCUCUCUCUCUCUCUCUCUCUCUCUCUCUCUCUCUCUCU